AUGCCUGGGAUGAAGAGACCUGUGAGCAGUGAAUGUUUGCUACCUUAUUACACUGCCCACAGUUACCGAUCCAUGGGUGUGUUCAACACCUCCAUGGGAAACCUACAACGACAGCUGUACAAGGGAGGAGAGUAUGAUAUUUUCAAGUAUGCACCAAUGUUUGAGAGCGACUUUAUCCAGAUUAGCAAAAGAGGAGAGGUGAUUGAUGUUCACAAUCGCGUCCGAAUGGUGACUGUGUGCAUCGCAUCUACCAGCCCAGUCCUUCCACUGCCUGACGUCAUGUUGCUGGCCCGACCAGCUAAAGUCUGUGAAGAACAUGCCAGACGAGCCCGAUUCAACAAGGGGAAAGGUUGUAAGUCUUCAAAGAUUUUAGAGCUCACCAGGCUGCUUCCUUUGAAGUUUGUCAAGAUUUCCAUUCAUGAUCACGAGAAACAGCAGCUGCGCCUGAAGCUUGCCACAGGCCGAACUUUUUACCUGCAACUGUGUCCCUCUUCUGACGCACGGGAAGACCUCUUUUGUUAUUGGGAAAAGCUUGUCUAUCUCCUGAGGCCACCAAUGACCAAUUGCAUCAGUAACUCAACGCUUCCCACUGGCGACACAAGCACCGACACCAAAAGCACAGUCGUCUCAGAGAUCCGUAGAGAAGGGGGUCAGGAUUCUCAGCUUCAAUCAUCCCCAACUGUGUCAGAAGCCACUUCUGCUACAUUUGCAGGAGGAGAGAAGACACAACCAGCUGCUGCAGUUGCUGUUACUCCAGGAUCUGCCAAAGCAAGGGUGGCAGGGGUGGCAGGGGCUACAGCAGGGACAACAGAGGCAGCAGCAGGGACGGCAGGGGCAAUAGCAGGGACAGCAGCAGGGACAGCAGGGGCAGCAAGGGCAGCAGGUGGCACCAUGGCUGCAGCAGUAACAGCUCCCUCAGCAGGUAUGACAAAAGCGGAGACAGCUACAAGUUCGACUUCAGGGGUCAUAAGCAUGGCAGCAACCACCAAAUCUCCAGGUUCAGGCCAGGUAGCCGCAGCCAUGGUAGGAUCAGCUGCCAAAGAUCAAGAAGGAAGUGAAUCCAGCAAGGCCAUGGCCCUUGUUGCAAACAUCACCUUAGAAAGUGUAGACCUGGCCUUGGCAGGAGCUGCCAAUUCUCUUUUGGAGCCCCCUUCUGCAGGAGGUGAUGCUAGUGGCUCCCUAGACACCGGCCUGAAUGUGGCAUUUGCAGGCAGCAUCAAGACCAAGGGGCCCGCUGAAGAUAAACCUGAAGCUCCCCUCGUGUCAACCUUGCAGAGUGAAGGCUACAUGUGUGAAAGGGAUGGGAGCCAGAAGGUUUCCCAAACUAGCUCUGAAGCAAAGAAGGAAAAGAGAGAGAGACGAGAAAAGGACAGAGCGAGUAGCCGGAAAAGUUCCCAUCACCGAAGGACCGGAACGAGUCGCCACAGUUCCAAGGACAAGGGCCGGAAAGCACCUUCCUACCGGUCUGUAGCUGGGAAAACAAGAGAGGACAUAAAGGGGAAAGGGCAUGGCAGCCUAAGGGGCAAGAGACGCAGCUCCUCUCACAAAAGUGAGUCCAGGACUGGUCACAAAACCAGGAAGAACCGAUCACCAGCUGGCAUGGGGUCUGUGAGUAAGAGAGCUACUAAGAUUAAAUCUUUUUUCAGGAGUUUCCUAAUAAGGCCUACUACAAAAGCAGGGGACACCUCAUGUGAUAGAGGAGGGGUAGACAUUGUGACAAAGUUGGUAGAGAAGAAGCAGGACAUAGAGACCAUGAUGGAGAAAAGCAAGGAUUUAGAGUUAAAAGAUACCGUAAUCUCUGAGACAAUGGAGAAGAUCAUCCUUGAAACCAAAUCCAUUUAA